UCAUAACAAUGAAGUAAUGUAUUAUAAUAAUAGUGAAUAGCUUAUUGAUAUAAAUAAAUACAAAGCGCAUAUUAUAAUUUUGGGUAAGUACACAAUUGGUAAUAUCAUUUGCUUAAAAGUUUCGAGGUGAUAAUAAUAAAAAUCGAAUAGGUGUGAGGGUUGAAAACUGAAGAUAUUUCGUCCGGAAGGUUGCAUUUCAUUUUAAGGCUUGAUUUCGUCAAUUUUAUCGUGGAAGUCAAAGAUUGAGGAUAUCAGUUUGAGGAAUGAUUACUAUUUUUUUUAUUUCAACUUUGGCCUCGUGGCCAUUGGGAAUGGUUAUUGUUUUUACGAUAAAUGUUCAUUAUUUGAGUGGGUGACAUUUAUUUUUUAUUUUUCACAUUAUAUAAUCGGAAUAAUACAAAUAAGACAAUAAAAUAUUAAAUUAUAAAUGAUCAAACAAAUAAUUGGUAUUGCUUAUUGGUAUCUACCCCCCCCCCCCCCCACAAAAUACCCCAUUAUAGAAACUGACUCGGAAACUUCAUUGUGUUGGAUUCGGUCGCAGUGAUAGAAAAAAUUGGUUGGUGGAAGUUGAGAAUACUCUGUCGUGGUAUUAGGUACGAUAAUCUUUUGAUAACGAUUUACCGUCAAGUGACGUUUUACACCCGUCGUUCGAACAGGCUUGAUAAUAUAAUCAAUAUAAUUGAUUUAAUUACAUACAAUGCAAUUUUUGGGGUUCCAAUUGGGGUUCGUUGCCAAUUCCGACGGCGAUAGUGUGAUAUUUCGGUCACGGGUCUCCGCCGAUAAGGCAUAUUAUACUCUAUUCCAAAUAAGUUUGGAAAAAUGUACGACGAAAACGCGUCCGGUUUCACGCAGGUAUGUCACGUGAUCUACCGACCGGCGUAUCGAAAGACGAGUAACGAAGCUGUAGCCAAUCACAGAGGACCUGCAUGCGCGAUUUUUUCCAAACUUAUUUGGAAUAGAGUAUAGAAAGAUCUAGAAGGACCCCACUCCCCGCCGCUCUAUAGCGUGAACCGGCUUUCGCGAAUAGAGGCCUACCUAUGAACAAUUAAUUAGUCGUUCCGUGCCCACCGCCGUUGUCGGAGUCGCGUCGUUCUCCGUAACAUAUUUGCGCGUCGUGUCGCCCCUCAACUUUUGAUUACGGAAUCAAUGCGGUGCGGUGCAUUUUGCCAUCGGUGGCAUCUAAUUUCGUAUAACGCCUUGUGUGUCGCCGAGCGGGCGAUUCUCGGUUAUUAUUAUUACAAGCGUCGUGUAAUUGCUGGACGUAAUGCGGGUGCUUUAAAGCUAUAUUUAUAUCCGUUGGUGAUCGCGCGCGGGUGCGAGCAUAUCGGACGUCGAGAGUGCGUCGGGCAUUCGGCGCCAUCUGCAGCAGCCGCCAGCCAGCACGUGGAUCGCGGGAUCAGAACGGGCGAGCAGGCGUUCAUGGAGGUUAUGGUCGUAUCUCGUAUGGACAGUCGAGCGGUCGGCGGUAACCGAAAACAUUUCAACGACAGAAACUACGAUGGACGUAAAUUUGAUCGAAGAAAACCAUCAUCAACACGAAGUCGGAUCGAAAUGGUCGCCGCUGUUCGAGGACGGACCAGGGCCCAUCAACGUCACCGCCCGUAUUGGGUCCACGGUGCAAUUGAACUGUAAAAUCCAACUGCUCUACGAUAAAACGGUGACAUGGGUUCAUCGAAAAUCAGACGACAUCCAGUUGCUGACCGUGGGUCGUCAGGUGCAUAGCUCAGACCAGAGGAUAUCAUUGAGCUUCAGAUAUCCUAAUAACUGGAGACUUCAAAUCGUCUACAUAACUGACAGGGAUGAUGGGGUGUACGAGUGUCAAGUGGCAACACACCCACCGACCACCAAGAAAACAUACCUUAGAGUCGAUGUUCCCACUGUACGCAUGUCUGUAACCGGUACCGGUGAUGUGACCAGAGGCAGUAAUGACGUCUUCUACAAAACCGGUAGCACUUUGGAGAUCGUGUGCAAAGUUGUGCACGCCGGUAGCAACAACGGAUCCAAAGUUUCGUGGUACAGAGGACGUCAAACGAUUUCAACCGGGAUCACCGAGAGGACCAGCAAUGAUUCCAGUUCUACGACAAUCGUGUCCACUCUGAAAAUCAAACAUGUACAGAAAACACAUUCGGGAAACUACACGUGCUUGGUCGGAUCGCCGUCAGCGUCAGCGGCCGUCACCAUCCAUAUACUUAACGGAGAACAACCGGCGGCAGUGCACGACGGUAACUCAGGUCCUCUGGUGUGCUGCGUGGCCGGCUGGUGGCUGCUGACCCUUUGCUGUCUGGUGCUGUCCAGUUGAUUCCCCGGGCUCGUGUAGACAGUGACGGGUCAUCGUCCGAACCACCUGCACAGCGAUCACGUCGUAUUAUGGCACGUGGAUCUCCGAACAACAAUCAUUAUCGUGACGAAUCGUGUUCCGGAUGCUGAUGUGCGACCGGAAACUAUACUGCACCACUUCCGGUUUUGCGGGACUUCGAAAUAUUUUAAUAUGUUUGUUGUGUGUAUUAUAUAUUAUAUAAAUAUUCAUAGGUUUAUGUUAAGCUUAAGAGUGUCUCAAUGUGUAUGUGAGUAAGUAGGUACUAUAAUAGGUACUAUAAAUAUUAUUAUGCGUGUUUGUGCAUAAUAAUAUAGAGAUAAGACGACUAUACUAUAUGGGGGAUUGGGGUAAACUUAUUAUUUUUUUUUACGCCGUUGCACAUCGUCGUAUGUUAUAGUUAUUGUACAUAUAUUGUAAUAUCAACCCUGCAGUCGCCCCAUGACAGGGGUCACCAACUGGCGGACCACGGUCCGCAUCCCGGACAUCAGACACAUUUUUACGGACCCUAUAAUGGCUGUGUAAUUAUAAAAUACAUAAUAUAGUUUUUACAUUACAUUUUUAUAAUAAAAUGAUUAUUGAAAUAUAUUCCGAUAUUUUGAGCAUAGUAUACACAAUAAUAUAUAUUAUAUACGAGUCUCCUUCGCCGAGCGUUACGUUGAAAGCCGAUAGGUGCAAAGAACAAUUCCAAAAAGUUGACUGACGGGUACCUACGUUAGCCACGUUAGACGCUCGCGCCGCUGCGUUAUCGUAGAUAUGUCAAAAAGAAUUUCCAAAGUAGGUACCUACGUUUCGUUACAUUGUUAUUAAUAUCGUUAAUGUGUGAAAAAAUUCAUUGGGAGUUUAAAUGUGUUUUGGACCGUGGGAAGUUUGGUAAGUUUCAAAACGAACCCCCGUAGAAAUUAGUUGGUGAUCCCUGCCCUAUAAUAUAUACCUAGUUGCAGCGUACAUACACAAUCCUAAACGCCUUCGCGUGUUCGUACCUACAUUGAAAAAAA